AUGUCCCCUCUCAGCCCACAGCUCUGGACCUAUAUCACCCAGACAUGUCCCCUCUCAGCCCACAGCUCUGGACCUAUAUCACCCAGACAUGUCCCCUCUCAGCCCACAGCUCUGGACCUAUAUCACCCAGACAUGUCCCCUCUCAGCCCACAGCUCUGGACCUAUAUCACCCAGACAUGUCCCCUCUCAGCCCACAGCUCUGUAGCUAUAUCACCCAGACAUGUCCCCUCUCAGCCCACAGCUCUGGACCUAUAUCACCCAGACAUGUCCCCUCUCAGCCCACAGCUCUGGACCUAUAUCACCCAGACAUGUCCCCUCUCAGCCCACAGCUCUGGACCUAUAUCACCCAGACAUGUCCCCUCUCAGCCCACAGCUCUGUACCUAUAUCACCCAGACAUGUCCCCUCUCAGCCCACAGCUCUGUACCUAUAUCACCCAGACAUGUCCCCUCUCAGCCCACAGCUCUGUAGCUAUAUCACCCAGACAUGUCCCCUCUCAGCCCACAGCUCUGUACCUAUAUCACCCAGACAUGUCCCCUCUCAGCCCACAGCUCUGUAGCUAUAUCACCCAGACAUGUCCCCUCUCAGCCCACAGCUCUGUAACUAUAUCACCCAGACAUGUCCCCUCUCAGCCCACAGCUCUGUAGCUAUAUCACCCAGACAUGUCCCCUCUCAGCCCACAGCUCUGUAGCUAUAUCACCCAGACAUGUCCCCUCUCAGCCCACAGCUCUGUACCUAUAUCACCCAGACAUGUCCCCUCUCAGCCCACAGCUAUGUAACUAUAUCACCCAGACAUGUCCCCUCUCAGCCCACAGCUCUGUACCUAUAUCACCCAGACACGUCCCCUCUCAGCCCACAGCUCUGUAACUAUAUCACCCAGACAUGUCCCCUCUCAGCCCACAGCUCUGUAGCUAUAUCACCCAGACAUGUCCCCUCUCAGCCCACAGCUCUGGACCUAUAUCACCCAGACAUGUCCCCUCUCAGCCCACAGCUCUGUAACUAUAUCACCCAGACAUGUCCCCUCUCAGCCCACAGCUCUGUACCUAUAUCACCCAGACAAGUCCCAUGUCAGCCGCAGCACGUGUUUAGUAUUUUUAUUUAAACAGGGACUCAUAUGGGUCUUUCUAUAAACUAGGGUACAAGUGAGGAUUUCCUGCGCUGGACAACUUGUUACAGCUGUUGAUAAGUCAUUGAUAAUAAUCUGCCAAUUUUUUUCAUGUCAUUACAUUAAGAUAUAAGGGGGGAACAUACCUACAGUGCAUUCGGAAAUUAUUCAGACCCCUUGACUUCUUCCACAUUUUGUUACGUUACAGCCUUAUUCUAAAAUGGAUUCAUUGUUUUUUCCCCUCAUCAAUCUACACACAAUACCCCAUAAUGACAUAGCAAAAACAGGUUUUUAGAAAUGUUUGCACAUUUAUACAAAAUAAAUAAACUGAAAUAUCACAUUUACAUAAGUAUUCAGGCUGUUUACUCAGUACUUUGUUGAAGCACCUUUGGCAGUGAUUACAGCCGCGAGUCUUCUUGGGUAUGACGAUACAAGCUUGGCACACCUGUAUUUGGGGAGUUUCUCCCAUUCUUCUCUGCAGAUCCUCUCAAGCUCUGUCAGGUUGGAUGGGGAGCGUCGCUGCACAGUUAUUUUCAGGUCUCUUCAGAGAUGUUCGAUCGGGUUCAAGUCCGGGCUCUGGCUGGGCCACUCAAGGACAUUCAGAGACUUGUCCCGAAGCCACUCCUGUGUUGUCUUGGCUGUGUGCUUAGGGUCGUUGUCCUGUUGGAAGGUGAACCUUCCCCCAAGUCUGAGGUCCUGAGCGCUCUGGAGCAGGUUUUCAUCAAGGAUCUCUCUGUACUUUUCUCCGUUCAUCUUUCCCUCGAUCCUGACUAGUCUCCCAGUCCAUGCCGCUGAAAAACAUCCCCACAGCAUGAUGCUGCCACCACCAUGCUUCACAAUAGGGCCACUCUACCAUAAAGGCUUGAUUGGUGGAGUGCUGCAGAGAAACGUGGAACAGAAGGUAUAUAAGCUGAGAUAUUUUCUUUGUUCAGUAGUUCGGAAUAGCAAGAGGCAAAGCACGUGAAUUUUGUUAGAACAAACCCGGUACCGACUAUUAAACAUUUUGUAUUAACUUUCCACAUAGUUGUCUAAGUAUAUUCUUGCAUCCUUAAUUACUUGAUACCUGAUAAACUCAUCAUAACAAAGAGUCUUGGUGGUUCCAAUCUUCUUCCAUUUAAGAAUGAUGGAGGCCACCGUGUUCUUGGGGACCUUCAAUGUUACAGACAUUUUUUUGGUACCCUUCCCCAGAUCUGUGCCUCGACACAAUCCUGUCUCGGAGCUCUACGGACAAUUCCUUCAACUCAUGGCUUGGUUUUUGCUCUGACAUGCACUGUCAACUGUGGGACCUUAUAUAGACAGGUGUGUGCCUUUCCAAAUCAUGUCCAAUUAAUUGAAUUUACGACAGGUGGACUCCAAGUUGUAGAAAUAUCUCAAGGCUGAUCAAUGGAAACAGGAUGCACCUGAGCUCAAUUUGGAGUCUCAUAGCAAAGGGUCUGAAUAAGGUAUUUCUGUUUUUUGUUUUUUUCAUAAAUUUGCAAACAUUUCAAAAAACCUGUUUUCGCUUUGUCAUUAUGGGGUAUUCCGUGUAGAUUGAGGUAAUAUUGUUAUUUAGUCAAUUUUAGAAUAAGGCUGUAACGUAACAAAGUGGAAAAAGUCAAGGGGUCUGAAUACUUUCCGAAUGCACUGUAUAUUUAAUAAGAUUUAUGAGUUGAUUUAAAAUCUGUUUAACCCUUUCUCAUGGUUGGUGCCUUGACGGAUUUGUCCAAAAUCAUGUGACAUGAAACAUAAUUUUUCUGUCCUCGCAUUUAUGGCAGUGUAAGUUGUCGUUAUAUCAUAUAUUAAGCAUUAAUCCGUUAAAUUAGACAUGGAACUGUAACCCUGGAAGAAUCCUGGAUUUAGCUGUCGGACAGUUUUUUAUAUAGAGCUCUCAGAAAUGCAGUGUAACAUUACGUAACACUUAGUUUCUCCUUAUGUUACAGGGUGAAAAUAGUUUUUAUUGGCACACAAAUCUCCCAAAAUCGAAUGCUUCUAACCGAAAGAUCUGUCAUUAACGUGGUUAAUUGAUACUGUCAUUAACAUGGUUCAUUGAUACUGUCAUUAACUUGGUUCAUUGAUACUGUCAUUAACGUGGUUGAUUGAUACUGUCAUUAACGUGGUUCAUUGAUACUGUCAUUAACAUGGUUCUUCAGUAAUUAUGCAUAAUACUUCUUGCAUGCGCAUUAGCUGUUUAAUUACAUAAUCUUCAUCAUCCGAUCCAGGAAGGAAUUUUCAGAAUGACAGUCAAGUGACGAACAGCCCAAUUGCUGAAAAAAAGGUGUUGGCGAGGAAUGUCCGGAAUAUUUCGGUGUCUCGUUCGUUAACGCCGGUGAAGACAGUUGUGCCUGGAUCCACGUUGGAUCUAAUAUCCCUAGCGAAUUGAUGUUAAUAAUCUGUUGUUGUCGGCUUGAGUUACAGUAGAGUCUCGUUAGAUUUAACAGAGAAAGCGUCAAGGUAAUGACUUCAUGUUUUCAUAUGUUUUAGUGCCUUCGGAUUGGACACGGAGUCUACUGUGAGCAAUUGUGUAGGAUAGACUAUUGCGCAACACACAACUCCUAUCUAUUAAUUAUUCUGAAUUUUAAUGACGACAAAUGAAAAGCCUAGUGGGCUUCUUCACAACAUGAUCUGGUAAUGAAAUAACAUGACAAAUACGUUUUGGUUUCCAUGUUACUCCUGCCGUUUUAAACAAUACAAAGGGGCUUGAAGUAGCCUACUUGAACUUGGAGCUCCGGAAUUGAAGUAUGCUUUGGAAUUUCCUCAAUUUGGUGCUUGAAAAAUCCUUGUAAUUAUUGUAGCCAAUUUCUCCUGCUCCCUUGUUAUAAUCUGUGAUUUCGUUUUUUGAUCCGUUUUUUUUUUGUGAGAGAUGUGGCCAAUUUUCCAUUGAAGGGAGUUGCGCUACUCUGUUGCGGUAAAACCACAUGCGGUUAUUAUGAGGACGACAACAUCUUAAUGCUGGCUUCAACUUGGCUUUCCAUACAAAUCCUUCCAUGUCAAAAGAAACCUGGUUUUUGGUCGCUUUCUCAUUAUAAAAACAGCGACGGUGAGAUGAAUGCUACCGCUAUUCAUGGCUUUAUUAUGUGUGCCUGCGUCGGACACAAAGACUACAAAAAAAUCACCAUGCAUGCAUCCAAUUUAUUUAGUCAGGCAAGUCCACAUUAAACCAUGCAAGUCCACAUUAUUCUCACAUAUUUUAGAAUGUAAUAAUGCUUGAGUAUUUGCUUGUAAGCAGGAAUCAGGAGGAUAGAAUUAUGGCCAGAUUUGCCAAAUGGAGGGCGAGGGAGAGCUUUGUAUGCAUCUCUGUGUGUGGAGUAAACAUGGUCUGGAGUUUUUUUUCCCUCUGGUUGCACAUGUGGCAUGCUGGUAGAAAUGAGGUAAAACGGAUUUCAGUUUGCCUGCAUUGAAGUCCCCGGCCACUAGGAGCGCCGCUUCUGGAUGAGCAUUUUCUUGUUUGCUUAUGGCCUUAUACAGCUCGUUGAGUGCGGUCUUAGUGCCAGCAUCGGUUUGUGGUGGUAAAUAGACAGCUACGAAUAAUAUAGAUGAAAACCAUCUUGGUAGAUAGUGGGUCUACAGCUUAUCAUGAGAUACUCUACCUCAGGCGAGCAAUACCUCGAAACUUCUUUAAUAUUAGUCAUCGCGCAUCAGCUGUUAUUGACAAAUAGAUACACACCACCACCCCUCGUCUUACCAGACGUAACUGUUCUGUCCUGCCGAUGCAUGGAAAACCCAGCCAGCUCUAUAUUAUCCGUGUCGUCGUUCAGCCACGACUCGGUGAAACAUAAGAUAUUACAGUUUUUAAUGUCCCGUUGGUAGGAUAAUCUCGAACGGAGAUCAUCCAGUUUAUUUUCCAGUGAUUGCACGUUGGCCAAUAGAACAGAUGGUAGAGGCGGGUUACCCACUCGCCGACAAAUUCUCACAAGGCUCCCCGAUCUCCGCCCCCUCUGGGCCUGAUCUCGGGGAAGCAGUAUAUCCUUCGCGUCGGACUCAAUAAAGAAAAAAUCUUCGUCCAGUUCGAGGUGAGUAAUCGCUGUUCUGAUAUCCAGAAGCUCUUUUCGGUCAUAAGAGACGAUAGCAGCAACAUUAUGUACCAAAUAAGUUACAAACAAUGCGAAAAAACUAACAAAAUAGCACAAUUGCUUAGGAGCCCGUAAAACAGCAGCCUUCCCCUCCGGCGCCAUUAUAUUAAUUAACAUAUGAACCAGAUUUAUGCUGUUAGCACUGAGGCGGUGUGCCCUAGAAGGAAGCUCACUGUGUGCAGUUCACCCUGCACUAACAUAAAUAACAUGAGAAUAUCUACUUCUGCUAAGCUUCCCAAUAAAGCAAUGAAAACAAGAAAGCAUCCCAGAAAAGUGCUCAAAAUAGCCCACGUGAACAUAUGUAGCUUAAGAAACAAGGUUCAUGAAAUGAAUAACUUGCUAGUAACAGAUGACAUUCAUAUUCUGACUAUUCUCUGAAAUUCUGAAACUCACUUAGAUAAUACCUUCGAUACAGUGGUAGCAAUACAAGGUUAUAACAUUUACAGAAAAGACAGAAAUGCCAAUGGUGGAGGUGUUGCUGUUUAUAUUCAGAACCACAUUCCUGUAAAGAUAAGAGACGAUCUCAUGUUAAAUACUGUUGAAGUAAUAUGGCUACAGGUUCAUCUGCCUCACCUAAAUCCCAUUCUUGUGGGAAGCUGCUAUAGACCACUUAGUUCUAACAGUCAGUAUCUGGAUAAUGUGUGAAAUACUUGAUAAUGUAUGUGAUAUCAACAGAGAGGUACAGUGGGGAGAACAAGUAUUUGAUACACUGCCGAUUUUGCAGGUUUUCCUACUUACAAAGCAUGUAGAGGUCUGUAAUUUUUAUCAUAGGUACACUUCAAUUGUGAGAGACGGAAUCUAAAACAAAAAUCCAGAAAAUCACAUUGUAUGAUUUUUAAGUAUUUCAUUUGCAUUUUAUUGCAUGACAUAAGUAUUUGAUACAUCAGAAAAGCAGAACUUAAUAUUUGGUACAGAAACCUUUGUUUGCAAUUACAGAGAUCAUACGUUUCCUGUAGGUCUUGACCAGGUUUGCACACACUGCAGCAGGGAUUUUGGCCCACUCCUCCAUACAGACCUUCUCCAGAUCCUUCCGGUUUCGGGGCUGUCGCUGGGCAAUACGGACUUUCAGCUCCCUCCAAAGAUUUUCUAUUGGGUUCAGGUCUGGAGACUGGCUAGGCCACUCCAGGACCUUGAGAUGCUUCUUACGGAGCCACUCCUUAGUUGCCCUGGCUGUGUGUUUCGGGUCGUUGUCAUGCUGGAAGACCCAGCCACGACCCAUCUUCAAUGCUCUUACUGAGGGAAGGAGGUUGUUUGCCAAGAUCUCGCGAUUCAUGGCCCCAUCCAUCAUCCCCUCAAUACGGUGCAGUCGUCCUGUCCCCUUUGCAGAAAAGCAUCCCCAAAGAAUGAUGUUUCCACCUCCAUGCUUCACGGUUGGGAUGGUGUUCUUGGGGUCGUACUCAUCCUUCUUCUUCCUCCAAACACGGCGAGUGGAGUUUAGACCAAAAAGCUAUAUUUUUGUCUCAUCAGACCACAUGACCUUCUCCCAUUCCUCGUCUGGAUCAUCCAGAUGGUCAUUGGCAAACUUCAGACGGGCCUGGACAUGCGCUGGCUUUAGCAGGGGGACCUUGCGUGCGCUGCAGGAUUUUAAUCCAUGACGGCGUAGUGUGUUACUAAUGGUUUUCUUUGAGACUGUGGUCCCAGCUCUCUUCAGGUCAUUGACCAGGUCCUGCCGUGUAGUUCUGGGCUGAUCCCUCACCUUCCUCAUGAUCAUUGAUCCCCCACGAGGUGAGAUCUUGCAUGGAGCCCCAGACCGAGGGUGUUUGACCGUCAUCUUGAACUUCUUCCAUUUUCUAAUAAUUGCGCCAACAGUUGUUGCCUUCUCACCAAGCUGCUUGCCUAUUGUCCUGUAGCCCAUCCCAGUCUUGUGCAGGUCUACAAUUUUAUCCCUGUUGUCCUUACACAGCUCUCUGGUCUUGGCCAUUGUGGAGAGGUUGGAGUCUGUUUGAUUGAGUGUGUGGACAGGUGUCUUUUAUACAGGUAACGAGUUCAAACAGGUGCAGUUAAUCCAGGUAAUGAGUGGAGAACAGGAGGGCUUCUUAAAGAAAAACUAACAGGUCUGUGAGAGCCGGAAUUCUUACUGGUUGGUAGGUGAUCAAAUACUUAUGUCAUGCAAUAAAAUGCAAAUGAAUUACUUAAAAAUCAUACAAUGUGAUUUUCUGGAUUUUUGUUUUAGAUUCCGUCUCUCACAGUUGAAGUUUACCUAUGAUAAAAAUUACAGACCUCUACAUGCUUUGUAAGUAGGAAAACCUGCAAAAUCGGCAGUGUAUCAAAUACUUGUUCUCCCCACUGUAUAUCUUCUGGGUGAUUAAAAUAUUGACUGGCUUUCAUCAACUGCCCACUCAAGAAAAAGCUUCAAACUGUAACCAGAGCCUGCAACCUGGUUCAGGUUAUCAGUUAUCAGUCAACCUACCAGAGUAGUUACAAACAGCAUAGGAAUUAAAUAAUCAACAUGUAUUGAUCACAUCUUUACUAAUGCUGCAGAAAUAUGCUUGAAAGCAGGAUCCAGAUCCAUAGGAUGUAGUGAUCACAAUAUAGUAGCCAUAUCUAGGAAAACCAAAGUUCCAAAGUUUAGUGGUGUGUAAUGAGGAGCAAACAGACGCUGCACUUGACACAUUUAUGAAAUUGCUUAUCCCAGUUACUAAUAAGCAUGCACCCAUUAAGAAAAUGACUGUAAAAACUGUUAAAUCCUUGUGGCUUGAUGAGGAAUUGAACAAAUCUAUGGUUGAGAGGGAUUAGGGAAAAGGUAUGGCAGAUACAGUGUGGAAAAAAGUAUUUAGUCAGCCACCAAUUGUGCAAGUUCUCCCACUUAAAAAGAUGAGAGAGGCCUGUAAUUUUCAUCAUAGGUACACGUCAACUAUGACAGACAAAUUGAGAAAAUAAAUUCCAGAAAAUCACAUUGUAGUAUUUUUAAUGAAUUUAUUUGCAAAUUAUGGUGGAAAAUAAGUAUUUGGUCACCUACAAACAAGCAAGAUUUCUGGCUCUCACAGACCUGUAACUUCUUCUUUAAGAGGCUCUUCUGUCCUCCACUCGUUACCUGUAUUAAUGGCACCUGUUUGAACUUGUUAUCAGUAUAAAAUACACCUGUCCACAACCUCAAACAGACGCACUCCAAACUCCACUAUUGCCAAGACCAAAGAGCUGUCAAAGGACACCAGAAACAAAAUUGUAGACCUGCACCAGGCUGGGAAGACUGAAUCUGCAAUAGGUAAGCAGCUUGGUUUGAAGAAAUCAACUGUGGGAGCAAUUAUUAGGAAAUGGAAGACAUACAAGACCACUGAUAAUCUCCCUCGAUCUGGGGCUCCACGCAAGAUCUCACCCCGUGGGGUCAAAAUGAUCACAAGAACGGUGAGCAAAAGGAGGACAAAGAAUGCUGAGUUGCAUCCAAAGAACACCAUACCUACUGUGAAGCAUGGGGGUGGAAACAUCAUGCUUUGGGGCUGUUUUUCUGCAAAGGGACCAGGACGACUGAUCCGUGUAAAGGAAAGAAUGAAUGGGGCCAUGUAUCGUGAGAUUUUGAGUGAAAACCUCCUUUCAUCAGCAAGGGCAUUGAAGAUGAAACGUGGCUGUGUCUUUCAGCAUGACAAUGAUCCCAAACACACCGCCCGGGCAACGAAGGAGUGGCUUCGUAAAAAGCAUUUCAAGGUCCUGGAGUGGCCUAGCCAGUCUCCAGAUCUCAACCCCAUAGAAAAUCUUUGGAGGGAGUUGAAAGUCCGUGUUGCCCAGCGACAGCCCCAAAACAUCACUGCUCUAGAGGAGAUCUGCAUGGAGGAAUGGGCCAAAAUACCAGCAACAGUGUGUGAAAACCUUGUGAAGACUUACAGAAAAUGUUUGACCUGUGUCAUUGCCAACAAAGGGUAUAUAACAAAGUAUUGAGAAACUUUUGUUAUUGACCAAAUACUUAUUUUCCACCAUAAUUUGCAAAUAAAUUCAUAAAAAAAUCGUACAAUGUGAUUUUCUGGAGAAGAAAAAUCUCUUUUUGUCUGUCAUAGUUGACGUGUACCUAUGAUGAAAAUUACAGGCCUCUCUCAUCUUUUUAAGUGGGAGAACUUGCACAAUUGGUGGCUGACUAAAUACUUUUUUCCCCCACUGUAAGUCUGGCUGCACAACCGAUUGGCAAACAUACUGCAAAUUGAGAAAACAUGUGACUAAACUGAGUAAAAAGAAGAAACUAAGAAUGCCAAAGAAUGUAAAAAAAACUUGAAUCAGAUGGCUCAUUCAUUACAAAACCAACUGAUAUUGCCAACUACUUUAAUUAUUUUUUCAUUGACAAGCUUAGCCAACUUAGGCAUGACAUGCCAGCAGCAAACGCUGACACUACACAUCCAAGUAUAUCUGACCAAAUUUUGACAGACAAGCAUUGUAAUUUUGAAUUCCGUAAAGUGAGUGUGGAAGAGGUGAAAAAAGUAUUGUUGUCUAUCAACAAUGACAAGCCACCGGGGUCAGACAACUUGGAUGGAAAAUUGACAGACUUUCAGCACGCUUAUAGUGAAGGACAUUCAACAAGCACAGCACUUGAUGCUAAGAGAAAUUGAUGCUAAAAAUAUUGUGGGGGCUGUCUUGUUAGACUUCAGUGCAGCUUUUGACAUUAUCGAUCAUAGUCUGCUGCUGGAAAUACUUAUGUGUUAUGGCUUUACAUCCCCUGCUAUAUUGUGGAUAAAGAGUUACCUGUCUAACAGAACACAGAGUGUGUUCUUUAAUGGAAGCCUCUCCAACAUAAUCCAGGUAGAAUCAGGAAUUCCCCAGGGCAGCUGUCUAGGCCCCUUACUUUUUUCAAUCUUUACUAACGACAUGCCAGUGGCUUUGAGUAAAGCUUUGAGUAAAGCCUGUGUGUCUAUGUAUGCGGAUGACUCAACACUAUACACGUCAGCUACUACAGCGACUGAAAUGACUGCAACACUUAACAAAGAGUUGCAGUUAGUUUCAGAAUGGGUGGCAAGGAAUAAGUUAGUCCUAAAUAUUUCAAAAACUAAAAGUAUUGUAUUUGGGACAAAUCCUUCACUAAACACUAAACCUCAACUAAAUAUUGUAAUAAAUAAUGUGGAAAUUGAGCAAGUUGAGGUGACUAAACUGCUUGGAGUAACCCUGUAUUGUAAACUGUCAUGGUCAAACAUAUUGAUACAACAGUAGUUACGAAUGGGAGAAGUCUGUCCAUAAUAAAGCUCAGCUCUGCCUUUUUAACAGCACUAUCAACAAGGCAGGUCCUACAGGCUCUAGUUUUGUCACACCUGAACUACUGUUCAGUCGUGUGGUCAGCUGCCACAAAGAGGGACCUCGGAAAAUUACAAUUGGCUCAGAACAGGGCAGCACGGCUGGCCCUUGGAUGUACAUAGAGAGCAAACAUUAAUAAUAUGAUUGUCAAUCUCUCCUGGCUCAAAGUGACUUCAUCACUACUUGUGUUUGUGAGAGGUAUUGACAUGUUGAAUGCACCGAGCUGUCUGUUUAAACGACUAGCACACAGCUUGGAAACCCAUGCAUACCCCACAAGACAUGCCACCAGAGGUCUCUUCACAGUCCCCAAGUCCAGAACAGACUAUGGGAGGUGCACAGUACUACAUAGAGCCAUGACUACAUGGAACUCUAUUCCACAUCAAGGUAACUGAUGCAAGCAGUAGAAUCAGAUUUAAUAAACGUAGAAAUACACCUUAUGGAACAGCGGGGACUGUGAAGAGACACACACAGGUACAGACACAUGCACACACACACACACAUGAUAACAUACGCACUAUACACACACGUACACAUAGAUUUUGUGUUGUAGAUAUGUGGUAGUGGAGUAAGGGCCUGAGGGCACACAAUUAGUGUGUUAAGAAAUCUGUUAUGAAUGUAUUGUAAUGUUUAAGAAAUAUAUAUAACUGCCUUAAUUUUGCUGGACCCCAGGAAGAGUAGCUGCUGCCUUGGCAAAAUACAAAACCCCCUCGUUAUGGCAAGCCUAAAUAAGUUCAGGAGUAAACAUUUGCUUAAGUCACAUAAUAAAUUGCAUGGACUCACUCUGUGUGCAAUAAUAGUGUUUAACGUGAUUUUUUUAAUGACUACCUCAUCUCUGUACCCCACACAUACAAUUAUCUGUAAGGUCCCUCAGUCGAGCAGUGAAUUUCAAACACAGAUUCAACCACAAAGACCAGGGAGGUUUUCCAAUGCCUCACAAAGAAGGGCACCUAUUGGUAGAUGGGUAAAACAUUUAAAAAGUAGACAUUGAACAACCCUAUGAGCAUGGUGAAGUUAUUAAUUACACUUUGGAUGGUGUAUCAAUACACCCAGUCACUACAAAGAUACAGGCAUCCUUCCUAACACAGUUGCCGGAGAGGAAGGAAACUGCCCAGGGAUUUCACCAUGAGGCCAAUGGUGACUUUAAAACAGUUACAGAGUUUAAUGGCUGUGAUAGGAGAAAACUGAGGAUGGAUCAACAACAUUGUAGUUACUCCACAAUACUAACCUAAUUGACAAAGUGAAGAGAAGGAAGCCUGUACAGAAUACAAAUAUUCCAAAACAUGCAUCCUGUUUUCAACAAGGCACUAAAGUUUUACUGCAGUAAAACAGUGUUAUGUUUGGGGCAAAUCCAAUACAACACAUUAUUGAGUACAACUCUCCAUAUUUUCAAGCAUAGUGGUGGCUGCAUCAUGUUAUGGGUAUGCUUGUAAUAUUCAGCACUUCGAGAUAUUAGCUGAUGUAAGAAGGGCUAUAUAAAAUAAAAUUGAUUGAAAAUUGAUUGAUUGAUUAAGGACUGUGGAGUUUUUCAGGAUAAAAAAAUAAAUGGAAUGGAGCUAAGCACAGGCAAUGCAGAGGGUUGAAUACUUAUCUAUUCAAGAUAUAGUAAUGUUUUAUUUUUCAUUAAUAUUUGUGUAGAUCCAUUUUAAUCCCACUUUGUAACACAUCAAAAUGUGAAACAAGUCAAGGAGUGUGAAUACUUUCUGAAGGCAUUGUACUAGCCCAGAAACAACAUAGUGAUGAUGUUGACGUGGGGUCUGUUGCAUAAAACUGCUAGAACAUUCUUAUUUAUAUUUAUAAACAGGUAAUGUUGACGUGAAGGAAACCUCAUCGGGCGGUAACCGAAAGGUUGCGGGUUCAAAUACCGGAGCCGACAAAGUAAAAAAUAAAAGACAAUCUGCCACUGUGCCCUUGCGCAAGGCACUUAACCCUAAUUGCUUCAGGGGCGCUGUACAAUGGCGACCCUGGCUGUGAUCCCACUCCCUGCGGGUGUCUCGGGGAUAUGCAAGAAACAUUUCCAUCACACACUUGGGUGUAACAGGACAAAUAUCAACACCCCCAAAAUAAUAAUAAUUAUUAUUAUUAUUAUUAUUAUUAUUAUGAUUAUAUGGCAGGCAGUUGUUUAGGCUACAACCUACAACAUUUACAUUUACAUUUUAGUCAUUUAGCAGACGCUCUUAUCCAGAGCGACUUACAGUUAGUGCAUACAUUAUUCCCCCCAUGGGAAUCGAACCCACAACCCUGGCGUUGCAAAUGCCAUGCUCUACCAACUGAGCUACAUCCCUGCCGGCCAUUCCCUCCCCUACCCUGGACAACGCUGGGCCAAUUGUGCGCCGCCCCAUGGGUCUCCCGGUCGCGGCCGGCUACGACAGAGCCUGGAUUCGAACCAGGAUCUCUAGUGGCACAGCUAGCACUGCGAUGCAAUGCCUUAGACCACUGCGCCACUCGGGACAACCAGGCACCAUGCCCCCACAGAGUUACAGGCUAUUAACAGGUUACAUACCAAUACACCCAGUCACUACAAAGAUACAGGCAUCCUUCCUGUUUUGUUUGGGGCAAAUCCUGUGGGGGUAUGUAACCAGGCUAUUAACAGGUUACAUACCCCAACAGUGUUAAUGCCCCCAAAUGUUAACAGGUUAAAUGCCCCCAAACCUGGCUAACGCCUAACUCUCGAAGUGCGCUGUGAGUCCCAGCCUGUGAUCUAGAACCUGUUAUGUGCUAACGUUCCACUCCUUGUACUCCAUUUCAUUGCGAAACAUGACAAGAGUGGCAAAGAUUGGAAUGAUGACACAUACAGGGAAUUUGGGGAAAGUUACUAGAAUUGUUCCACCCUAGCAGCCAGGUUUCCCAAGCAGCUAGCUUCUCGUGUGGGAACUAAGAUUUAGUGAAAUGCCCAACAGAACAGGAAUAAUAAUAAUAAUAAUAAUGUAUAUUUUCCCAGGAAGUGAGUCAAAACACUGUGAGGUGCUUAUUCAAUCCCCCUCCAGUUAUAACAAAGAGGACUGCCUGCCGCCCACCUCCCCUUUACCCCCUUUAGACUGUGUCCCAAAUGGCAUCCUAUUCCCUAUAUAGUGCACUACUUCUGACCAGAGCCCUAUAGGAAUAGGGUGCCAUUAGGGACAAAAACAUAUUAGUCUGCCCAGUCUGAGAUGUUGCCAGCUUUACCUCCUCUCCUUCUCCCCUCCCCUCCUCCUCCCUCCUCUCCUCCUCCCUCCUCUCCUUCUCCCUCCUCUGCUUCUCCCUCCUCUCUCCUCCCUCUCUCCUCUCCCCCUCUCCUUCCACCCCUCCUCUCCACCUCCUCCCUCCUCUGCUUCUCCCUCCUCUCCUUCAUCAUCUCCCCCGCGCUCUCCUUCUCCCUCCUCCCUUCUCCCCUCCCUCCCUCCCUCCCUCCUUCUGCUGCUCCCCCUCCUCAUCCUCCUCCCUCCUCUGCUUCUUCCUCCUCUGCUUUUCCCUCCCUCCGUCUCUCCCUCCUCUGCUUCUCCCUCCUCUGCUUCUCCUCCUCUCCUUCUCCCUCCUCUCUCUCCCUCCUCUGCUUCUCUCUCCCUCCCUCUUCCUUCUCCCCUCCCUGCCUUCUUCUCCCUCCUCUCCUUCUCCCUCCUGCUCCUUACUCCUCCCUCCUCUCCUUCUCCCUCCUCUCCUUCUCCCUCCUCUCCUUCUCCCUCCUCUCCUUCUCCCUCCUCUGCUUCCUCCCUCCUCUGCUUCUCCCUCCUCUGCUUCUCCCUCCUCUGCUUCUCCCUCCUCUGCUUCUCCCUCCUCUGCUUCUCCCUCCUCUGCUUCUCCCUCCUCUCCUUCUCCCUCCUCUCCUUCUCUAACCAGAACAGACAAAGUAGGGGUAAGUGAAAGAGGAUUUAGCCUUUGGUCCAGACACCCCUAGUUAGCAUCAAGCAAGUCCAGCGUUUUGAACAAGGUCUGUGUUCUUUAGCCAAUAAAAAAAAAAAGUCCACAUCUUCUCUACCACCUCUUCUCUACCACCUCUUUGGCAUAGACAACUUAGUUUCUUUUUUUUCUCAGUCGCUCAAAAUAUUUGUUUUUCCACUCCUCAGAGCUGUGGCUUUUGGAUGGAAAUGGGUCUUGCUAAGUGGAGAGUUUAGAUAACACUAGACUUCUUAGCCUUUUCCAUGAAAUUAUCACUAUCAGCACAUAAUGACUUCUGAAGACUUGAGGGUUGGUAUGAUAUCCUCUGAGUCAUGUCUUCUGGGUUAUUGGUCAACACCGUUGAUGACAUCAUGAUGGGUUACACAGGCUUACAGGGUUUGUUUUGACUGUCAAUCAUCCCGUUACCCAACAUGAAAGUAUUUGAUUAUUUAGACAAACAUAGCAUCAAUACUUUCAUCAUUACUUACAGACUAAUAGAGUUGAUGAAGGUUUGGGUUUUUAUGUUCAUGUGCGGCUUACAGGGAUGUGUUUUGACUGUGAGGCUUACAAGGAUGUGUUUUGACUGUGAGGCUUACAGGGAUGUGUUUUGACUGUGAGGCUUACAGGGAUGUGUUUUGACUGGGAGGCUAACAGGGAUGUGUUUUGACUGUGAGGCUAACAGGGAUGUGUUUUGACUGGGAGGCUAACAGGGAUGUGUUUUGACUGGGAGGCUUACAGGGAUGUGUUUUGACUGGGAGGCUUACAAGGAUGUGUUUUGACUAUGAGGCUUACAAGGAUGUGUUUUGACUGUGAAUCAUCUGUUUACUCAGCAUUGUAAUAUUAUAAAGGUAGUUCUAGCAGUGUUGAUCUUUAAGUGUCUGUCUGCCUGCCUUCCUGCUUAUCUGUCUGUCUGUCUGUCUGUCUGCCUGUCUGCUUGUCUGUCUGUCUGUCUGCCUGUCUGCUUGUCUGUCUGUCUGUCUGUCUGCCUGUCUGUCUGUCUGUAUGUCUGCUUGUCUGUCUGCUUGUCUGUCUGCUUGUCUGCUUGUCUGUCUGUCUGUCUGUCUGUCUGUCUGUCUGUCUGUCUGUCUGUCUGUCUGUCUGUCUGCUUGUCUGUCUGUCUGUCUGCCUGUCUGCUUGUCUGUCUGUCUGCCUGUCUGCUUGUCUGUCUGUCUGCCUGUCUGCUUGUCUGUCUGUCAGCCUGUCUGUCUGUCAGCCUGCCUGUCUGUUGUGGGUUUUCUCUGCGUGCAUUAGACCAGUUGUAAUUCUUCUCCAUCUUCUAUGUGCAGGUUGUGCAGUCUGACUCUGAAGAAGUUGGUGGUUCUGAUGGAGCUGGAUAAGGAGCUCAUCUCAGUGGUCAUCGCUGUCAAGAUCCAGGUAUGAACAUCACUUUCCCCUUCAGAAACACCUCACAUGGCUGCAGGGACGGCAGGCACACACCUGAAUGCAACAUCUACACGUACCGUACACACAAUCUGAAUGCUGCAUUCACACACAGCUUACACACACGCUGCAUACGUCACACAUAUCCUCUCAGACAAAUGCUUUCAUCCUGGCUGAUGUUUUUCCUCAUGCAUCCUUUUCCCCACUUCCUCUACAUUGACUUGGUACCUGCUGGUUGAAUAUUGGAGCUUAAUUUACUUUGUAGAGAAGUGGUCACCAACCUUUUGAGUCAAGAUCACUUUCUCAGUAAAAAUGCAAGCCGAGUUUUACCGCUCAGAUGUUUUUUUUUUUUACAUGACUUACAAAAUGUAAGCCUAUUCAACAUGAACUCACUCAUAAAAACAGCAUCUCUUUGCUGUAUUCGUUGACAGUCUCUCUCUCUCUCUCUCUAGUCGUGGUUUUAAAACGUUUUUGAAAUCUCACAGUAUCAAAACUUCGCUGUAGAUUUCUUAUGUGCUACGUUACUGCAGACACGGUCAUCUGAGCCAUCCGAUUGGCCAGCGGUGGGCCAAUAGAGCACUUAAUUUGCUCUCAGGGCCAGCCGGUGAAGGCAGAGAUUUACCUUCAGACACAUUAAAUAAUGGUUCAAAAUGGGAACACUUCGCCUACUCUGCGUGCAGAGCAGAAUCGGGUGAACCUACCGCCAACAGCGCGAGAUGAAAAAAAAAAUAAAGGAACGCAAGGCUUUAUUGAUCAACUAGGAAUGCCUUGGAGAUCGACCACGAUCGCGAUCGACCAGUUGGUGACUGGCCAGUGUUGUAGAGCAUUGAUUAUUUUGUAGAGCACUGAUACAUUUAUUUAGUAUAGCAUUGCUUAAUUGAUUUUUGUAGAGCAUUGAUUAUUUUCUAGAGCUUUGCUUAUUGCAGUCAUGGUAUCAAUGCAAUAAUCAUAUCACUGACUUCUAAAGCAAUGCUCUACAAAGAACCACAUCAGUCCUGCUAAAUCACAAUUUCCCGCAUUUUAUGCGAGGGCUUGCAAAUUUGACUAAUCACUGCAUUAUUUACGGCAUAAAACAGUCAAAUCCUGGAGGGACUGGAUAAUGUAAAUGAGUGCUGGUCUGAUGUGAUGUGAUUCCUUCCCCAGGGUUCAAAGAGGAUCCUGAGGUCCCAUGAGAUAGUGCUGCCCCCUAGUGGCUCGGUGGAGACUGACCUGGCUCUCACCUUCUCACUGCAGGUAAACACCAGACAGACAGACAGACAGACAGACUGACCUGGCUCUCACCUUCUCACUGCAGGUAAACACCAGACAGACAGACAUACUGACCUGGCUCUCACCUUCUCACUGCAGGUAAACACCAGACAGACAGACAGACAGACAUACUGACCUGGCUCUCACCUUCUCACUGCAGGUAAACACUAGACAGACAGACAGACAGACAUACUGACCUGGCUCUCACCUUCUCACUGCAGGUAAACACUAGACAGACAGACAGACAGACAGACAGACAGACAGACUGACCUGGCUCUCACCUUCUCACUGCAGGUAAACACCAGACAGACAGACAGACAGACAUACUGACCUGGCUCUCACCUUCUCACUGCAGGUAAACACUAGACAGACAGACAGACAGACAGACUGACUGACCUGGCUCUCACCUUCUCACUGCAGGAAAACACUAGACAGACAGACAGACAUACUGACCUGGCUCUCACCUUCUCACUGCAGGUAAAAACUCCAGACCAGGAGUGUCUGCAGGUUUUUGUUUUUUCCUUUCAAUUAAGCCCUAGACAACCAGGUGAGGGGAGUUCCUUACUAAGCCCUGGACAACCAGGUGAGGGGAGUUCCUUACUAAGCCCUAGACAACCAGGUGAGGGGAGUUCCUUACUAAGCCCUAGACAACCAGGUGAGGGGAGUUCCUUACUAAGCCCUAGACAACCAGGUGAGGGGAGUUCCUUACUAAGCCCUGGACAACCAGGUGAGGGGAGUUCCUUACUAAGCCCUGGACAACCAGGUGAGGGGAGUUCCUUACUAAGCCCUAGACAACCAGGUGAGGGGAGUUCCUUACUAAGCCCUAGACAACCAGGUGAGGGGAGUUCCUUACUAAGACCUAGACAACCAGGUGAGGGGAGUUCCUUACUAAGACCUAGACAACCAGGUGAGGGGAGUUCCUUACUAAUGAAUGACCUUAAUUCAUCAAUCAAGUACAAGGGAGGAGAGAAAACCAGCCAAACUGACCAAUCAGGGGGAGAAGGGCUUUGGUCAGGGAGGUGACCAAGAACCUGAUGGUCAAUCUGACAGAGCUCUAGAGUUCCUCUGUGGAGAUGGGAGAACCUUCCAGAAGGACAACCAUCUCUGUAGCACUCCACCAAUCAGGCCUUUUAUGGUAGAGUGGCCAGACGGAAGCCACUCCUCAGUAAAAGGCACAUGACAGCCUGCUUGGAGUUUGCCAAAAGGCACCUAAAGGACUCUGACCUUGAGAAACAAGAUUCUCUGGUCUGAUGAAACCAAGAUUGAACCCUUUGGCCUGAAUGCCAAGCAUCACGUCUGGAGGAAACCUGGCACCAUCCCUACGGUGAAGCAUGGUGGUGGCAGCAUCAUGCUGUGGGGAUGGUUUUCAGCGGCAGGGACUGAGAGACUAGUCAGGAUCGAGGGAAAGCUGAACAGAGCAAAGUACAGAGAGAUCCUUGAUGAAAUCCUACUCCAUAGCGCUCAGGACCUCAGACUGGGGCGAAGGUUCACCUUCCAACAGGACAACGACCCUAAGCACAGAGCCAAGACAACGCAGGAGUGGCUUCGGGACAAGUCUCUAAAUGUCCUUGAGCCCGAUCUAACAUCUCUGGAGACCUGAAAAUAGCUGUGCAGCAACACUCCCCAUCCAACCUGACAGAGCUUGAGAGGAUCUGCAGAGAAGAAUGGGAGAAACUCCCCAAAUACAGGUGUGCCAAGCUUGUAGCGUCAUACCCAAGAAGACUUGAGGCUGUAAUCACUGCCAAAGGUGCUUCAACAAAGUACUGAGUAAAGUAUUGUGUGUAGAUUGAUGAGGGGAAAAAAACUAUUUAAUAAAUUUUAGAAUAAGGUUGUAACGAAACAACAUGUGGAAGAAGUCAAGGGGUCUGAAUACUUUCCGUAUGCACUGUAUGUUCUUCAAAGACGGCGUAAUGAGAGAAAUAAUGUAGCCUAAGCUAUUGAAAAUAGGCCUUUUACAAGAUUAAAUCAUGACAGGAGCAUUUGAUUCUUAUUAAAGAGACAGGCUACUUUAGGAAACUUUCUGAACGGACAUACAGUGCUAUGAAAAAGUAUUUGCCCCCUUUCUAAUUUUCUCUACUUUUGCAUAUUUGUGAUACUGAAUGUUGUCAGAUCUUCAACCAAAACCUAAUAUUAGAUAAAGGGAACAUAAGUGAACAAAUAACACAAUAAUUACAUUUUGUUACAAAGUUAUGCAACACCCAAUUCCCCUGUGUGAAAAAGUAAUUGCCCCCUUACACUCAAUAACUGGUUGUGCCACCUUUAGCUGCAAUGACUCCAACCAAAUGCUUCCUGUAGUUGUUGAUCAGUCUCUCACGUCGCUGUGGAGGAAUUUUGGCCCACUCUUCCAUGCAGAACUGCUUUAACUCAGUGACGUGUGGGUUUUCAAGCAUGAACUGCUUGUUUCAAAUCCUGCCACAACAUCUCAAUUGGGAUUAGGUCUGGACUUUGACUAGGCCAUUCCAAAACUUCCAAUUUGCUGCCUUUUAGCAAUUUUCAUGUAGACUUGAUUGUGUGUUUUGGAUCAUUGUCUUGUUGCAUGACCCAGCUGCGCUUCAGCUUCAGCUCACAGACGGAUGUUCUGACAUUCUCCUGUGGAAUUCUCUGAUACAGAGCAGAAUUCAUGGUUCCUUCUAUUAAGGCAAGUCGUCCAGGUCCUGAGACAGCAAAGCAUCCCCAAACCAUCACACCACCACCACCAUGCUUGACCUUUGGUAUGAUGUUCUUACUGUGGAAUGCAGAGUUUGGUUUUCGCCAGGCAUAAUGGGACCCAUCUCGUCCAAAGUGCUUAUACAGAAACCCAGCCUAAAAACCCCAAACAGCAAGCAAUGCAGAUGUAGAAGCACAGUGGCUAGGAAAAACUCCCUAGAAAGGCAGGAACCUAGGAAGAAACCUAGAGAGGUGGAAAAACUCCCUAUAGUUCUGCCUAGAGAGAGAAUCAGCGAACUCACACACGCACACCCCCCGUAAAAGCACUCGUCAAUCAAAGCCACCAGCGUAUUUACAACACUAGCAAAUAUUUAUCCUUUCCUUAAAACGUAUUUUAAAAAAAACCUAGGCCUAACUUAGUCUUUCCAAAGGUAGCUAUAAGAUAAUGACUUGACCAGGACAGUAUGAAGGGGACAGAGCUGUGGUAUAGUAUGAAGAUGAAACUGACAAUCAUUAAAAUAGAAACAAAUACAGUGAAAAAAUAUAUAUAUAUUAGGUAGGUACAGUGGGGAAAAAAAGUAUUUAGUCAGCCACCAAUUGUGCAAGUUCUCCCACUUAAAAAGAUGAGAGAGGCCUGUAAUUUUCAUCAUAGGUACACGUCAACUAUGACAGACAAAUUGAGAGAGAAAAAAAAUCCAGAAAAAUCACAUUGUAGGAUUUUUAAUGAAUUUAUUUGCAAAUUAUGGUGGAAAAUAAGUAUUUGGUCACCUACAAACAAGCAAGAUUUCUGGCUCUCACAGACCUGUAAAUAGAGGACUUAGUCGACUUACUGUGUGAGGUGAAGAACAAGAGGAUGAGAAGUCCAGUAGGACACUUUCCUACAUUUGACAUUUUGCGAGAAGCAGGCCAGGUGCUUCUAUGUGUGCUCAGGCAGGCGCGCUCCUUCAAUAUUAACAGGACCGAGAAACCAGACAUCGCUCACCUAAAUGAUGGUAUGAAAUAAGCCUAAACUUGUUUCUCACAAGGUGUAGCAGGUUGUGACCUCUGCAAACAAACGUUUCCACUCCGAGAAUGAGAACGGUAAAUUACUGUAAUUAAUACAUUCAUAAACAGAAAUUCAUGUAACCAAAUGACGGGGAUUAACGGUAAAUUGCCUGUUUUUACAAAAUGGCAGGCUACCACAUGGGCAGUCAUAAACGAACAUAGGAGGGCCUCUCAUUGUUUUUGUCUAGGGCGGCAUAUCGGCCAGGACCGGGCCUGAUUAGUCUAUGAAUUAAGAAAAUAUCAUAUUAUACCAUGCCAGGUUGGAGAGGACUGGCCCAUUAGCUCAUUACAGGCUUCAGAGCCAGAACAACCUUCUCGACUGCUGUUGAAUAAUUCAUGAAUAGUCAGACACAUUUACAUUUUUAGUCAUUUAGCAGACGCUCUUAUCCAGAGCGACUUAGAGUUAAGUGAGUGCAUACAUUUUUCAUACUGGCCCCCCGUGGCAAACGCCAUGCUCUACCAACUGAGCUACAUCCCUGCCGGCCAUUCCCCUCCCCUACCCUAGACGACGCUGGGCCAAUUGUGCGCCGCCCCAUGGGGUCUCCCGGUCGCGGCCGGCUACGACAGAGCCUGGAUUCGAACCAGGAUCUCCAGUGGCACAGCUAGCACUGCGAUGCAGUGCCUUAGACCACUGCGCCACUCGGGCUGUUACGGUGACUGUAUUACCGCCACAACGGCGGUCAUGAGUCAUGAAGGCAGUAAUUAGUCUUCUCCAAGCUCUGAUGCUGCUGAUGGUCAUUAGCAGCCUACCAAACUUGCUAACUGCCUGGUACUCAGCACUCUAUUGUCCCUCUAAUCACUCUGACAUCAAUGCAAAUGUGAUCAAAAAUCUAAUCAAACACUUCAUGAGCUCAUGUUGCGCAACAUUUCUAUGGGGGGCCCGUGUAGCUCAGUUGGUAGAGCAUGGCGCUUGCAACACCAGGGUUGUGGGUUCGUUUCCCACGGGGGGCCAGUAUGAAAAAUAAUGUAUGCACUCACUAACUGUAAGUAGCUCUGGAUAAGAGCGUCUGCUAAAUGACUCAAAUGUAAAUGUAUAGCCCACCAGGCUGGCAUGAAAAUGAACCAUGGGAAAAGUGUCCUCCAUUCGCUAUUUAAGUGCAGAGAUGACAUGUAUGUUUUCCCCUGCCCUGUUUCGAGACAGGUGCAUGAUAAUGGUCCAUUGUAAAUCAAAACAAAUUUCACACAUAUAAAUGAUUAUUUAGUAUAUGUAAAGACAAGAUUAAAUCAAGAAUAGUCUGAUGGGUGACAAUAUUAGCCUAUCACUUGUGAAUUAUAUAUUAGCACUUGUAAAUGAUGCCCAUCUUAAGGCAAGAAGUAAAUGUAAAUGUAAAGAAGUGUUGUUGAAGUGUUGACAGCCUGCGCAAAAAACAAAGCAGAGCUCGUGCCUUUUGAGCGACAUUUUUUAAAUCAUCAUUAGAGUUGCAUCAUGCAGCCUUGCAAUGUAUUCAAAAUCUAAACAUAUAGCCCGAUGUUUGUAGAACAACUAAAGUUACAUUAAUAAUUAAAUAAAUUAAGCAUAUAGGAGGACCUGUUUCUUUGUUAACCGCUCAACACAGAAUAGCCGCAUGUGCGCACUCCCUCAUCGUUUGGAGAAAGCAUCCUUUCUAUUUUAUUCAGCUUUGUUCAAUUGUAUUCUUCACACUAUAAAAUAAUAUAAAAUAAGCAUAUCUUGUCUUCUAAAUGAACUAGUGUAGCCAUAUGCCAUAGCCAGAUCAGGACCUAUCAUAAGGACAACUCAAGAGUAUGCUAUUCUGUUCUUCUGAAAUAGACUACAUUUUCUUCAUAUCAUGUUUCUUUAGACCUGUCUAAAAUAAAUAAUGGAUUUAUUGUGAAGGUGUAGGCUAUAUUACAUGGAUUUAUUAGACUUUUUUAAAAUGUAGAUGUUCCAAAAGGUCUGCAUCAGUGGCUUGUAGGCGAUGUGUGUGGAAGACAGGAGAUGCUAAAUGUGUUUAUGUUUUAUGAACGACUGUUAUUUGCCUGACAAUCACCGGCUGACGAGAUUUCCUGACCGCACACUGCCCUAGAGACAUCCAACCUUUUUAAAAAGAAGACCAAUUUGUUUAUUUCCUAACAAGCAAUGAAAACAUUGUAUAAAAGAAAGUCCACACAUCAAAAUAUUGUUUUUCCAUAGCCGAUAGCCCUCUACAUAGCUGUUUUUCCAUAGCCGAUAGCCCUCUACAUAGCUGUUUUUCCAUAGCCGAUAGCCCUCUACAUAGCUGUUUUUCCAUAGCCGAUAGCCCUCUACAUAGCUGUUUUUCCAUAGCCGAUAGCCCUCUACAUAGCUGUUUUUCCAUAGCCGAUAGCCCUCUACAUAGCUGUUUUUCCAUAGCCGAUAGCCCUCUACAUAGCUGUUUUUCCAUAGCCGAUAACCCUCUACAUAGCUGUUUUUCCAUAGCCGAUAGCCCUCUACAUAGCUGUUUUUCCAUAGCCGAUAGCCCUCUACAUAGCUGUUUUUCCAUAGCCUAUAGCCCUCUACAUAGCUGUUUUCCCAUAGCCGAUAGCCCUCUACAUAGCUGUUUUUCCAUAGCCGAUAGCCCUCUACAUAGCUGUUUUUCCGUAGCAGAUAGCCCUCUACAUAGCUGUUUUUCCGUAGCCGGUAGCCCUCUACAUAGCUGUUUUUCCGUAGCCGAUAGCCCUCUACAUAGCUGUUUUUCCAUAGCCGGUAGCCCUCUACAUAGCUGUUUUUCCAUAGCCGAUAGCCCUCUACAUAGCUGUUUUUCCAUAGCCUAUAGCCCUCUACAUAGCUGUUUUUCCAUAGCCGAUAGCCCUCUACAUAGCUGUUUUUCCAUAGCCGAUAGCCCUCUACAUAGCUGUUUUUCCAUAGCCGAUAGCCCUCUACAUAGCUGUUUUUCCAUAGCCGAUAGCCCUCUACAUAGCUGUUUUUCCAUAGCCGAUAGCCCUCUACAUAGCUGUUUUUCCAUAGCCGAUAGCCCUCUACAUAGCUGUUUUUCCAUAGCCGAUAGCCCUCUACAUAGCUGUUUUUCCAUAGCCGAUAGCCCUCUACAUAGCUGUUUUUUCCAUAGCCGAUAGCCCUCUACAUAGCUGUUUUUCCAUAGCCGAUAGCCCUCUACAUAGCUGUUUUCCCGUAGCCGAUAGCCCUCUACAUAGCUGUUUUUCCGUAGCCGAUAGCCCUCUACAUAGCUGUUUUUCCGUAGCCGAUAGCCCUCUACAUAGCUGUUUUUCCGUAGCCGAUAGCCCUCUACAUAGCUGUUUUUCCAUAGCCGAUAGCCCUCUACAUAGCUGUUUUUCCAUAGCCUAUAGCCCUCUACAUAGCUGUUUUUCCAUAGCCGAUAGCCCUCUACAUAGCUGUUUUUCCAUAGCCGAUAGCCCUCUACAUAGCUGUUUUUCCAUAGCCGAUAGCCCUCUACAUAGCUGUUUUUCCAUAGCCUAUAGCCCUCUACAUAGCUGUUUUUCCAUAGCCGAUAGCCCUCUACAUAGCUGUUUUUCCAUAGCCUAUAGCCCUCUACAUAGCUGUUUUUCCAUAGCCGAUAGCCCUCUACAUAGCUGUUUUUCCAUAGCCGAUAGCCCUCUACAUAGCUGUUUUUCCAUAGCCGAUAGCCCUCUACAUAGCUGUUUUUCCAUAGCCGAUAGCCCUCUACAUAGCUGUUUUUCCAUAGCCGAUAGCCCUCUACAUAGCUGUUUUUCCAUAGCCGAUAGCCCUCUACAUAGCUGUUUUUCCAUAGCCGAUAGCCCUCUACAUAGCUGUUUUUCCAUAGCCGAUAGCCCUCUACAUAGCUGUUUUUCCAUAGCCGAUAGCCCUCUACAUAGCUGUUUUUCCAUAGCCGAUAGCCCUCUACAUAGCUGUUUUUCCAUAGCCGAUAGCCCUCUACAUAGCUGUUUUUCCAUAGCCGAUAGCCCUCUACAUAGCUGUUUUUCCAUAGCCGAUAACCCUCUACAUAGCUGUUUUUCCAUAGCCGAUAGCCCUCUACAUAGCUGUUUUUCCAUAGCCGAUAGCCCUCUACAUAGCUGUUUUUCCAUAGCCUAUAGCCCUCUACAUAGCUGUUUUUCCAUAGCCGAUAGCCCUCUACAUAGCUGUUUUUCCAUAGCCGAUAGCCCUCUACAUAGCUGUUUUUCCAUAGCCGAUAGCCCUCUACAUAGCUGUUUUUCCAUAGCCGAUAGCCCUCUACAUAGCUGUUUUUCCAUAGCCGAUAGCCCUCUACAUAGCUGUUUUUCCGUAGCCGAUAGCCCUCUACAUAGCUGUUUUUCCGUAGCCGAUAGCCCUCUACAUAGCUGUUUUUUCCGUAGCCGAUAGCCCUCUACAUAGCUGUUUUUCCGUAGCCGAUAGCCCUCUACAUAGCUGUUUUUCCGUAGCCGAUAGCCCUCUACAUAGCUGUUUUUCCGUAGCCGAUAGCCCUCUACAUAGCUGUUUUUCCGUAGCCUAUAGCCCUCUACAUAGCUGUUUUCCCGUAGCCGAUAGCCCUCUACAUAGCUGUUUUUCCGUAGCCGAUAGCCCUCUACAUAGCUGUUUUUCCGUAGCCGAUAGCCCUCUACAUAGCUGUUUUUCCAUAGCCUAUAGCCCUCUACAUAGCUGUUUUUCCAUAGCCGAUAGCCCUCUACAUAGCUGUUUUUCCAUAGCCGAUAGCCCUCUACAUAGCUGUUUUUCCAUAGCCGAUAGCCCUCUACAUAGCUGUUUUUCCAUAGCCGAUAGCCCUCUACAUAGCUGUUUUUUCCAUAGCCGAUAGCCCUCUACAUAGCUGUUUUUCCAUAGCCGAUAGCCCUCUACAUAGCUGUUUUUCCAUAGCCGAUAGCCCUCUACAUAGCUGUUUUUCCAUAGCCGAUAGCCCUCUACAUAGCUGUUUUUUCCAUAGCCGAUAGCCCUCUACAUAGCUGUUUUUCCAUAGCCGAUAGCCCUCUACAUAGCUGUUUUUCCAUAGCCGAUAGCCCUCUACAUAGCUGUUUUUCCAUAGCCGAUAGCCCUCUACAUAGCUGUUUUUCCAUAGCCGAUAGCCCUCUACAUAGCUGUUUUUCCAUAGCCGAUAGCCCUCUACAUAGCUGUUUUUUCCAUAGCCGAUAGCCCUCUACAUAGCUGUUUUUUCCAUAGCCGAUAGCCCUCUACAUAGCUGUUUUUCCAUAGCCGAUAGCCCUCUACAUAGCUGUUUUUCCAUAGCCGAUAGCCCUCUACAUAGCUGUUUUUCCAUAGCCGAUAGCCCUCUACAUAGCUGUUUUUCCAUAGCCGAUAGCCCUCUACAUAGCUGUUUUUUCCAUAGCCGAUAGCCCUCUACAUAGCUGUUUUUUCCAUAGCCGAUAGCCCUCUACAUAGCUGUUUUUCCAUAGCCGAUAGCCCUCUACAUAGCUGUUUUUCCAUAGCCGAUAGCCCUCUACAUAGCUGUUUUUCCAUAGCCGAUAGCCCUCUACAUAGCUGCUGGAGCAUCAGAUGACAGUUGGAAAGAGGAGGAGAUGUUGAACGUUUAAUAGACAGACUAUGUUAGCAAAACAACUGCUGAUAAUCAUUAGUAAACGCCCCCGCUAUUAGGUAAAGUUUAUCUACAUGAAAAUAAAAUGCAUCCCGUGUAUUUAUUUAUUCUAAAAUGAAUGUAGGUCAUAUUUUAAACGGUUUUGAAGCUUAUUUUAUUUUCUCGGCAGUCUUCAUCCAUAACCGUCCGUUACACGGUUUUAUUCAAUUACGUCACAGUCCUGGCUCUCACCUUCUCACUGCAGGUAAACACUCUAGACGUUGGGAUGAAGGCCUGAAAAUGGCAGAUGGAUAAAUACAUAUUUAACGUUUUUAACAUCCAUGUUGUUGUUCUCCAAUUGUGUAAGUUUAUAUAAAUUUUGGCUAAUUCAGUGUAGCCGGUGUGGUCCAGUGGUUACGGCUUCUGACCCCGGCACAUAUGUAUGUCAGAUUCAGCAUGGGUUCGAAUCCGGCCCGCUGCCCUUUGACUCACCCUCGCAAUAUCUUCCACUGUUCUAUACCUUUAAAAAUAAAUAUGUGGCUAAUUCUUCUCUCCUAUAUUUUUUUGUUUUUCAUCCAUCCAUCCUCAGUACCCUCACUUCCUGAAGAGAGAGGGCAACAAGCUCCAGAUCCUGCUGCAGAGGAGGAAGAGAUACAAGAACAGGACUAUCCUGGGGUACAAGACCCUGGCUGUAGGAACCAUCGAUAUGGCUGAGGUAGGAACCAUCGAUGUGGCUGAGGUAGGAACCAUCAAUAUGACUGAGGUAGGAACCAUCGAUAUGGCUGAGGUAGGAACCAUCGAUAUGGCUGAGGUAGGAACCAUCGAUAUGGCUGAGGUAGGAACCAUCGAUAUGGCUGAGGUAGGAACCAUCGAUAUGGCUGAGGUAGGAACCAUCGAUAUGGCUGAGGUAGGAACCAUCGAUGUGGCUGAGGUAGGAACCAUCGAUAUGGCUGAGGUAGGAACCAUCGAUGUGGCUGAGGUAGGAACCAUCGAUAUGGCUGAGGUAGGAACCAUCAAUAUGGCUGAGGUAGGAACCAUCGAUAUGGCUGAGGUAGGAACCAUCGAUAUGACUGAGGUAGGAACCAUCGAUAUGACUGAGGUAGGAACCAUCGAUAUGACUGAGGUAGGAACCAUCGAUAUGGCUGAGGUAGGAACCAUCGAUGUGGCUGAGGUAGGAACCAUCGAUAUGGCUGAGGUAGGAACCAUCGAUAUGGCUGAGGUAGGAACCAUCGAUAUGGCUGAGGUAGGAACCAUCGAUAUGGCUGAGGUAGGAACCAUCGAUAUGGCUGAGGUAGGAACCAUCGAUAUGGCUGAGGUAGGAACCAUCGAUAUGACUGAGGUAGGAACCAUCGAUAUGGCUGAGGUAGGAACCAUCGAUAUGACUGAGGUAGGAACCAUCGAUAUGGCUGAGGUAGGAACCAUCGAUGUGGCUGAGGUAGGAACCAUCGAUGUGGCUGAGGUAGGAACCAUCGAUGUGGCUGAGGUAGGAACCAUCGUUAUGGCUGAGGUAGGAACCAUCGAUAUGGCUGAGGUAGGAACCAUCGAUAUGGCUGAGGUAGGAACCAUCGAUAUGGCUG